GCUAAUCCAGAUAGGAACCAAGCACCAGCACCUGCUCAGGACCCUGACAGAGAGUUGACUCCGGAGCUUGACGACAUUCCGGAGGAGGAGAUUAGGGCUGCUGAGGCACAGCCUGGGGUCGGCUUGCUACUCCCGAUUUUCGGGAGGCUGUGUUUCGAGUGUUGGGGUACUUUGACGGUUUAGCUCGGGCGGGCAUGAUUCCAGUUGCUCCAGAUGGCUCGCAGACUAGAGUGGGAGGUCAUACUCCCGAUACUACGGUUGCUCCAGGAUUUCGGACAUCGAGGGUAUUGCCGGCAGCAGCAGUGGCUCCCCGUAUUGAUGCUACUCCAGCGCCUGAUUUUGCUCUAAGGCCUAUGGAUGGGCCAGUGUUGACCAGUGAGGAGCGAAAAUUAUUCGAGGAUUUACCAAAAUGUCUCCUCCUUGGUUCUAUGGUACUCCCGGGGAGGAUGCGUAUGAGUUUAUUGUUAGCGCCAUGAGAUGCUUCAUAAGUUGGGUGUAGUGGAGUCUCACGGGGUCGAUUAUGUUUCUUUCCAGUUAGUUGGGGAUGCCAAGCAGUGGUGGAGAUCGUACAUGGAGUGUCGACCAGUUGGGUCGCCACCUUUGACCUGGACCCAGUUCUAUCAGGUAUUUUUGGAGAAGUAUGUCCCUCGUACUCUGAGAGACAACAGGAAGGAUGAGUUUUCGACAUUGGAGCAGCGGGGUAGGUCGGUUGCGGAGUAUGAGACCAGAUUUCUCGCUUUGUCCCGUUAUGCGACGGCAUUACUUCCCACAGAGGUCGAGAGAGUGAGGAGAUUUGUGAAGGGUUUGGACCUUCCGCUUCGGCUGGCGACCUUACAGUUGGAGGCUUCUGGGGCCUCAUUUCAGUCAGUAGUAGAGCAUGCCAGGAGGGUUGAGUCAGAGAUGGGUCGGGCACAUAGUGGGGGUGGCGACAAGAAAGCUCGUAGAUUUGACAGUUUCAGAGGUCCUAUUAGAGGUGGGGGACACCAUGUCAUCAUCCCUACAACCGCCCCAUCUAGUCAUCACUACAGGCUUUAG